AUGUCGAGUCCGAUCGAUUUCAACCAAAAGACCGUAAUUGUCACAGGGGCUGGUGGGGGCUUAGGGAAAUGUUACGCCAUAUUCUUUGCCUCCCGUGGGGCCAAUGUGGUGGUCAAUGACAUGAGCAAAGACGCUGCCGAUAAGGUUGUCAAUGAAAUCAAGAAAUCAGGCAGAGGAAAUGCUCUAGCGAAUUACGACAAUGUGGUCGAGGGUCACAAAAUUGUUAAACAAGCAGUUGAUAACUUUGGUACCGUUCAUAUUCUUAUCAACAAUGCUGGUAUUUUGAGAGACAAGUCAUUCAAGUCGAUGUCAGAUCAAGAAUGGGAUCUCGUCCAAGCCGUUCAUGUCCAAGGGCCCUAUGCUUGUACCAAGGCCGCUUGGCCCAUCAUGAGAAAGCAAAAAUAUGGGCGAAUCAUCAAUACCGCAUCGGCUGCAGGCCUCUACGGAAAUUUCGGGCAAGCGAACUACUCGGCCGCUAAACUCUCUCAGGUCACCUUUUCUAAAACCCUGGCUCGUGAAGGAGCGAAGUAUAACAUUCUCGUUAAUGCGAUCGCACCUGUGGCAGCAUCUCAAAUGACUGCUACGAUCAUGCCGCCAGAAAUGUUGAAGGAGCUCACACCCGAAGCAAUAGUCCCUCUGGUUGCAUAUUUGGUAUCUGAGGAAAAUACACAAGAAAGCGGUCAAGUGUUUGAAGCUGGGGCUGGAUGGUAUGGAAAACUUCGAAGGGAAAGAUGCCGUGGGGCGGUCUUCAAAACUGAUGAGAGCUUUACCCCAUCUGCUGUUAUGGCAAGAUUUGAUGAGAUCAAUGACUUCGACAAGCCGACUUACCCUGAGAACAUCACAGAUGCCAAUUACUUGGAGUUCUUAGAAAAAGCCAAGAGCCUUUCUUCCAACAAACAGUCUCCUUCGCCGGUAGAAUUCCGUGGCAAAACCGUCUUGGUCACUGGAGCUGGAAAUGGACUUGGCCGUGCAUACGCGCUGAUGUUCGGUAAACUUGGAGCGAACGUUGUCGUCAAUGAUAUGAGUAAAGAUGCUUGCGAGAAGGUAGUCAGUGAAGUCAAACAACUGGGAGCUCGGGCUGUCGCCAAUGUCUCAUCUGUGGAAGACGGCCAGAAGGUCGUUAAUGCCGCGAUGGAAAGCUUUGGAGAACUUCACGUCGUCAUCAAUAAUGCCGGUAUCUUGCGCGAUAAAAGCUUUCACAGUAUGUCCGAUGCCGAGUGGGAUAUCGUUCUGCGUGUACAUUUGCGAGGAACAUACAGUGUUUCCCAUGCCGCUUGGCCGAUUUUUUUGAAACAAAAGUAUGGUAGAAUUCUCAACACCACGAGUGCUGUAGGUAUCUAUGGUAAUUUUGGACAAGCCAAUUACAGCACGGCCAAGGCAGGAAUCCUGGGGUUGACUCAGACCUUAGCUCUUGAGGGACGGAAGCAUAAUAUUUUGUGCAACACGAUCGCGCCUAAUGCCGGAACUUCCAUGACAGCCACCAUCUGGCCCGACGAGAUGGUUCAAGCUUUUAAACCCGAUUACGUAGCACCGUUGGUAGGAUUUUUGACCAGUGAAGCCAAUCAAGACACCACCGGGAAGUUGUACGAAGUCAGCGGUGGCUGGUGCGCAGCUGUGAGAUGGCAGCGAUCUUUUGGAUACUCAUUCCCCGCUGGUAAAGUAAGCCCAGAAAAGCUUAAGGGGAAAUGGAGCCAAGUCGUUAAAUUUGACGAGAGAGCUACACAUCCGACGAGUACUACCGAAGCUUUGCAGCAGAUUGUGGCCAACUUUGGUGCGGAAGAAGAAUCGGAGGAAUCUUCAUCCGGUGGCUCUGCUGCAGAUUACUCUGAUCCAGAAGAUUCCGAACUGGUCGCAACCGCCAAGAAAGCUGUACCGGAAACCAUGGAGUAUACUUUUACCGAAAAGGAGUGUAUCUUAUACAAUCUGGGAAUCGGCGCCAACGAGAAACAGUUGAAGUACGUCUACGAAGCCGAUGAGGACUUUCAAGUUAUUCCAACCUUUGGGGUGAUCCCGCAAUUCCCAUCUUCAAGCCAAAUGCCCGUCGACUGGCUUCCUAACUUUAGUCCAAUGAUGCUUCUACAUGGCGAGCAGUAUCUCGCGAUUAAGAAGUUUCCGAUUCCAACCUGUGGUACAUUUGUGAAUCAAUCACGGCUGAUGGAGGCCACUGACAAAGGAAAAGCGGCGGCGGUAGUGACUAUCACCCAUACCUAUGACAAGCAAUCGGGCGAAUUAUUGUUCGAAAAUCAAAGCACAGUAUUCAUCCGUGGAUCUGGUGGGUUUGGAGGAAAGAAAACCUCGAGUGAUCGUGGUGCAGCAUCAGCCCCAAACAAGCCACCCACCCGAAAACCGGACGCGGUCAUCGCUGAAAAGACCGACUCGAAGCAAGCUGCCUUGUAUCGUUUGAGCGGCGACUUCAAUCCGCUGCACAUCGACCCGUCGUUCUCUGCGGUGGGUGGAUUCGAAAAUCCGAUCUUACACGGACUCUGUUUCUUUGGUAUUUCGGGCAAACACAUCUACGAAAAAUUCGGGCCUUUCAAGGACAUCAAGGUUCGCUUCGUAGGCUCGGUUUAUCCGGGCGAGACUAUAGAAACCCACAUGUGGAAGGAGGGGAACAAAGUCAUCUUUGUGACCAAAUGCAAGGAGAGAGACACGGUCGUCUUGGGCAGCGCUGCUGCCACUUUGGCCUGA